AUGACUGCAGGGGUUGAUGGUCAGCAGUAUUGGGCAGUGAAUUAUGGUCCUUCGUAUGUUUGUGCAUUAAAGGGAUCAAUAGUGAAAUUAUCCUGUGUUUUAAACUAUCCACAUGAUCAUGAGCGCAAAACAGCCUUCUGGACCAAAACUGCUGUAACUGAUGGAGAUCCACCGAACCUGUGUUUAGACCCAGAAAACAGAGGAGCUCAGUGUGACAGUGAAUAUAAAGACACUUACAGUCUCACUUUGACUGAUGUAACAGAAGCUGAUAAACACAUCUACUACUGCAGAUUCUCUACAAACAGAGGAACAUGGACAGCGAUUCCUGGAGCUCAGCUGGACGUCACAGAUCUGCAGGUGGAGACACAGCAGAGUGUGAAAGAGAGAGAUUCAGUCACUCUGAGAUGUAAAAGCAGCUGCUCUCUGCCUCAACAAACAACAUUCAUCUGGUACAGAAACACACAGAGAGUAACUCCAGGAAUCAUCUCAGAGAAUCAGCUUCAGCUGCGGUCAGUCAGUCGUCAUGAUUCAGGAAACUAUCAGUGUGCUGUUUCCGGAUAUCAACAUCUGAUCUCUCCACCUGUUAAUCUCAAAGUAGGAUGGGAUGUUGGCCAGCAGGAUUGGGGAGUGAGUUACAGCCCUUCAUAUAUUUGUGCAUUAAAGGGAUCAACAGUGAAACUGUCCUGUACUGUAAAAUAUCCUCAUAAUCAUCAGCUCACAUCAGUCUUCUGGACCAAACCUGCUGUAGCUGUUACAGAAACCCCUGACCUGUGUUCAGACCCAGUAAACAGAGGAAGAGUUCAGUGUGUCCGUGAAUAUAAAGACACUUGCAGUAUCACUUUGACUGAUGUAACAGAAGCUGAUAAACACAUCUACUACUGCAGAUUCACUACCGACACUGAGGGUGGAAAAUGGACGGGGAGUCCUGGAGCUCAGCUGGACGUCACAGAUCUGCAGGUGGAGACACAGCAGAGUGUGAAAGAGAGAGAUUCAGUCACUCUGAGAUGUAAAAGCAGCUGCUCUCUGCCUCAACAAACAACAUUCAUCUGGUACAGAAACGCACAGAGAGUAACUCCAGGAAUCAUCUCAGAGAAUCAGCUUCAGCUGCGGUCAGUCAGUCGUCAUGAUUCAGGAAACUAUCAGUGUGCUGUUUCCGGAUAUCAACAUCUGAUCUCUCCACCUGUUUAUCUUAAUGUUGAAUAUCCUCCACAGAGCGUCUCUGUGUCCAUCAGUGCGUCUGGUGAAAUAGUGGAGGGAGAUUCAGUGACUCUGAGCUGCAGCAGUGACUCAAACCCUCCUGCUCUGAUCUUCAGCUGGUUUAAGGAGGAUCAAACCUCAGCUGUUGGAUCUGGACAGAGUUUCAUCAUCUCCAGCUUUAACUCCAGUCACAGUGGACGCUACUAUUGUGAGGCUCAGAAUCAACAUGGAUCUCAGAGAUCAGCGUCUGUUUCAGUCUCUGUUAAAGGGGCUCAGAGAGCUGCUCUGCACACAGUUACUGGGAUUGUGACGGGAUGUGGAGGAUUGAUCUUCAUCAUCAUUGUGUUUAUUAAGAAAAAGAGGAGAGAUGGUGGCGCUAAAGUUGUCAGACAAAAUCAGCAGGAUGAUCGUGUUGGCAGAUCAGCAGAAACGGCUUCGACCAAUGACGUUCCAGUGUAUUCACUAGUAUCAGCCAAUCAGGGGGAUGAUCUGUAUGCCAACAUUAAAGCGAAGAAGCCCAAACGCUCUGGGAGAAAACAAACAGAAAAAGACUCUGGAGAUGUUGAAGACAUUCAGUAUGCCAGUGUCCAUCAGUUCAAGAAGAAAGACAUGAACAAGACUGAAGAGACCAUUGAGAUGCAGCAUCCGUCUGAUGCCAACAGAUCUGAGGAUGUGAUCUACAGCUCAGUCAAAUGAAGAACAUGUGGUCAAGCGUGAAUAUCACACACACUGCCUUCACUCUACACUCACACAUGAACACCCCUCAGACCUGUAAUAGUCAAAGGCCUUUUAGCUCUCGCUUUGUACAGUCAAUGUAGAACAAAUGUUUUCUUUUGUGUGCUCAUACUGUGUGAUUUUUUUUUUUUUGCUAAAUACAUUAAAUUUUAACAUUGUCAGAAAGUCUCCAUUUUGACAUCAUUGUUAUGACAAUUUAGCACAUUUUACAUUUAACUGCUGCUCUGGUCUAUUUGCCUAUAAAUAGCCUAACCAAGUUCUAAUAAUUUCCAGCUACCUGCUUAUAAGACAUAUUUUUUUCAGAUAUCUAUUAUUAUUUUGUUAUUGGGACACACACGUUUAUGGCCAUCACCUGUAACCAUAAUUUUAAAGGCAGGGUAAGCAAUUUUUCAAAAACUGAGUUGGGGCUGAGUACCAAAACAAACUUGUAGCCAAUCAGCAGUAAGGGGUGUGUCUACUCAUGAUAUGGAGGACAGAACGUUCAGUGAACAGCCGAGCCAAGCGACAGAAAGAUAGAGAUGGCGGAUAAAAUACAAAAGAGGAAAACGUCUUCGGAACGAUAAGGCAAGAAGUAGGUCCCGUGUAAAUAUCGGAUCAGCUUUCCAGCGCUGGAGAGAACUCAAGGAGCGGAAGGCACUUGGUUAAAGUUGGUUUUAUAUUCGCACAUUCGGACUUCUGCAUUCAGUUACUUUGUUAACC